AUGCCCGGCGUCGGCACCCUCGUCAUGGGUGGCACAAACAUGGACAGGGGCAAGAAAUCAUCUGCUGUUGGUAUUAUGAUGGCCUCGUUUGCUGCCUUUGGUGCGUCUUUUAUCUUCAUCCUGUUCGGCUUCGACACUGGUGUCAUCUCCGGAGUAAAGGAAAUGAACGCCUGGCUCAAGACAUUUGGCUACGAAACCUCUCCCGGCAGUGGCCAAUACACCAUUUCCACCCAAACAGAAGCCCUCGUCGUCUCCAUCCUUAGCGCAGGCACCUUUGUUGGUGCUCUCCUCGGUGCACCCAUGGCCGACUUGCUGGGCCGUAAAAACGGUAUCCUCCUCGCCUGCAUCGUCUUUGCCGCAGGCAUCAUCCUACAAGCCUCUGUCGUCAGCGUCGACUUGUUCAUCGUUGGUCGUCUUGUCGCUGGUCUCGGAGUAGGCAUGGUCUCGUGUUUGGUACCAAUGUACCAGGCAGAAUCUUCUCCCAAAUGGAUUCGUGGUGCCGUCGUUGCCGGCUACCAGUGGGCCAUUGUUACCAAGGACCGGACCGAUAUGAGCGCGUUUCGGAUUCCAAUUCUCAUCCAGCUCGCUUGGACCUUUGUCCUCUUUGUCGGCAUGUACUUUUUACCCGAAUCCCCCCGGUACCUGGUCAAACGACGUCGCGACUUGGACGCCAUGUAUUCGCUUGCCCGCCUCUUCAACGUGUCUGAACAACAUCCAGACGUUCGGUUUGAGCUCGAGGAGAUUAAGACGAGCUUGCAACUUGAAGAGGAACAAGGCGGCGGUACCUAUGCGGAUUGCUUCAGGAUGAGCAACAACAAGGCUCUCCUCCGCACACUGUCUGGGAUUGGCAUCCAAGCCUUUCAGCAGCUCACCGGCAUCAACUUUAUCUUCUACUAUGGCACAACCUUUUUCAAAAACUCGGGGAUUGCCGAUCCGUUUCUCAUCGCUGUAGUCACCAACUGUGUCAACGUCGGCAUGACGAUCCCUGCAUUUUGGGCUAUUGACAAUGUCGGUCGAAGACGGUUGCUCAUCAUUGGAGCACUCGGCAUGAUGGUCUGCGAGUAUCUCAUCGGUAUCAUUGGCGUCAUCAUUUCCGUCGAUAAUCAUACCGGCCAAUCUGUCCUCGUCGCAUUAACCUGUGUCUACAUUGCAUUCUUUGCUUGCACAUGGGGUCCUGUUCCAUGGGUGGUACCCUCGGAGAUUUUCCCACUCGCCAUUCGUGCAAAGGGCGUCUCGCUCUCGACAGCCUCCAACUGGGCUCUCAACUUUGGCAUCGGGUAUGCCGUGCCAUACAUGGUCAACAAGGGCUACGGAGACCUUGGCCCACGCGUCUUUUUCAUCUGGGGCUCUACUUGCCUUGGGUGUGCAGUCUUUACCUAUUUCUGCAUCAUGGAAACAAAGGGACUGUCACUAGAGCAAAUCGACGCGCUCUACCACUAUGUCAACCCGAUUCACUCAUUGUCCUAUCACGACCAGCUCAUUGCGCAUACCAUUCGAUCUGCCGAUGACGAAGCAUUGUCGAGAGGCGAUCCUGUGAGUGCGACGAGCGCGAAUACCGCCCGCGAUAGGCGGUAUAGACUCGGUCCCUUUGGAGGCGAUAGCGAGUUGCAUUAUAUUGGGAGCAAAGAGUGGCAUCGGAGGAGCGAUCAGACACAGGCGUCGAGAUGGAAAUUAUAG